AUGACAACAUCAUUCAAUCCGAUUCCAGCCGAAAGAGUUGGUGACCAAUCUCCUUCGAUCUGGGUCGAGUUGACUGCUCUAGCUGCAGAAUCUAGAGCGGUAAAUCUCGGUCAAGGAUUCCCAGACGGACCAGCACCGAAGUUUGUCACUGAAAUUCUCAAGAAGAUUUCCAAGAAACCAGGUUUGGUCGAAGCUCACCAGUACACUCGUGGCUUUGGUCAUCCGAAACUUGUUGAAAUGCUCUCAAAGUGGUACACCACUUUCUACAAAGUCAAUGUUAACGCAUUGGAAGAUAUCCUAAUCACCGUUGGAGCGUACCAUGCAUUGUACUACGCAUUCCAAGCUUGGAUCAAUAAAGGAGACGAAGUCAUCGUGAUCGAGCCAGCAUUUGAUUGCUAUGGACCUCAAAUCAGGUUUGCUGGAGGGAUCCCAGUUUCUGUUCUCAUGCAACUACCAGAAAAAGCUGAAAGUGCUGCUGAAUUCAAAAUCAACUUCACUGAACUCGAGGAAAAAAUCAGCGAGAAGACCAAGAUGAUUGUCAUCAAUAAUCCUCAUAAUCCCACUGGAAAACUCUUCACUCUUUCUGAACUUGAGAGCAUUGCCGAACUUGCCAAGAAGUACAACUUGAUUGUGGUUGCAGAUGAGGUCUACGAGUUUCACGUCGAAAAACACCUAGACAUGAUUCGCUUUGCGAGCCUUCCAGGCAUGUACGAGCGGACCAUCUCCAUUGGAAGUGCCGGAAAAGUUUUCUCCGUGACUGGGUGGAAAUUAGGAUGGGCAAUUGCCCCGAAAAACCUCCUGGCUCCACUCAAAACCAUUCACCAGAAUUGUGCCUAUACUUGCUCCACACCGACCCAGUUGGCCGUCGCUAAGGCUUUUGCGUAUGAAUUCCCCAAGUACUUCAACAAUUCGAAAAAGUCAUAUUUGGCUCACAAAUUGCCCAAAGAGAUUGCUGUGAAACGUGCCAAACUCGCUGAAAUGCUCGCGACAGCUCAGUUCUCUCCGAUCAUGCCCGAAGCGGGAUUCUUUAUGGUGGCGGACUAUACAAAUGCUAAAAAUAUUCCGAUCUUCACAAAAUCCGGCCAAAAAGAGUCGGAUGACCCAGCCGACUUGCUUUUCACCAGAUGGCUCUGUCGCGAAAAGAAGCUUGCUGUAAUCCCAUUGACUGCGUUUUUUUCUACACCGGAAAUGAAGCACUCGAACAACAACAUGGUGCGCAUCUGCUUUUUCAAAAAAGUCGAAACUCUUGAUAAUGCCAAGAAAAUCCUUGAUAUGUUUGCUCAGUAA